CCAUUACUAAAGUUUACUAUACUAGAAUUACAGCUACAUUCAGACCAAAGUGGUUUAGUGGUGUAGUGUUAACUUAAGUUUGUCAUCUAAGAAUUUGAAGUUUGUCCAAAAUGGAAGAUCAACGAAGGAAUGGACUCGUUGGAGAUUCAUUAAGUAAAAGAGACAAGAAACGUCAGUUGAUAGGAACGAGAUUAACUCGGUUGUCAUCUAUGUUCAAGAAUGAUCGAGAUAAUUUUUAUAGAAAUCUGUUACAUGAAUUACAAACAAAACUAUCGACAUUACAACAAGGAUUUAAUGAAGAAUUUUUAGGUCGAAAGCUCAAAUUAGAGGAAGUAAGAGAUUAUGAAUUGACCAAAUUAAGAUUAUGGGAAGAAUAUCAAGUUAAGCGUAUUGAAACUGAAUAUAAGGAAGACUUAUCUAAGGCUAAAGAAAAUCAUGAUAAGAUGAUAAAACUUAUUAAAGAAAAGUUAUAUGAUAAAUUACAAAAUCAAAUUAAACAAUUAAAAGAAGAUAAAUUAUUAUUAAAUUUAGUUAAUGGAAAUCUGUGGAGUCAAGCUCCAUCCAAUGAAAAUAGUGCUAAUGAUAGUAAUACAGCAGCUUUAAAUGCAGUAGCGAGUUCAUUAAGUUUAACUGAUAGGAGAUCAUUAAGAAAACGUGAAGCUAGCUCUAGAUUUUCAACUGGAGAAGCUGAUGAUCUUUCUGAUGGAGGAUUUUCAAAUAAUAAUGCAUCAUCACUUCCUCAUUCUAAUGGAUAUACAUCAGCUACUGGUAAAAGAAGGCGAUUAUAUUCCACUAGAUAUUCUUCAAAUGAUGAAAUGUCUAGUGGACUUACUAGUAGUGUUAAUCAAAAUGGUGGUGGUGGUAGUGGAAUGGGUUAUAGUGGUGGAGGUUCAACAACUACUGGUAAUCAAAAUAAUGGUGGUAGUUCAAAUGCAGGACAUAAUUUAUUAAAAGUUCCUCAUGGUCAUGGUACAAGUGGGGUAAGUAGUGGGAAUGAUUCUAAUUUAAGUGAUAAAGAUUAUGAUGCAUUAAAUUCAUUAAUAAUGGAAAAUGAUGAUGGAGGUGCAUCACUUAUACUAUUAGAUAAAUCUAAUUCUAAUAAACCUCAAACUAGAGGAUCUCAUAAACAAUUUGUCGGAGUUCAAGGUUUAAAGCCGGAAGAAUUAAAUGAAGAUUUGAAUUUAUUAAGAAAUGCCACUGUUAAAAAGGACUAACUAAACCCCUUCCAAUGCCAAUUCUAGACCUUUCUCUUCUGGCUGGCUGGCUGGCUGGGAUGGUUAAAUUAUUUCUCAUGUAUGUAUUUUUAUUGUAGUGUCGUUAAUGUAUUAUUAUUUUUAUAUACUAUGCGAUCGCAUAGCGCCU